AAAAAGAAAUUUAUAAACGAAUGUUUUCACCUUCUACAUCAACAAAAGUUGAUCAAAAACUUCAAACAAAAACUAUUCAAAAGGUUGAAAACAAGACUAAUAAUGCUUGGUGGACAUAUAUUGCAAUGGGUAGUGCUGUUUUAGCUGCUGUUGGUCUUGCUGCAAUAAUUAAAUACCGAUAA